AUGGCUUCCAAUCUUCUCAAAUUUCACACCCAAUCAUUCAAAACUACAAAUCACUCGACACAAUAUCUACAACAUAAAACUCUCUUCCCUCGUAUAUCAUUCCCUGAAAACCACCAUCAUCGCCAUGUCCGUUUCCGUUUCCAUGUUUCCUUCCCCUCACCUUUCCUUUAUCAAUCCAGAAGUCCCACUCUGCCUAUCCACUCCGCCUUGUCUUCCUCUAGCUCACCUCCUACCUCCAAAGAAGAAGCCAUUCUUCAAGCCAAAACCUGCCUCUCAACUACCCUAGAGAAGCCCCUAAACAACCCAAAACUGGCUGGCAAACUCAAGAAACUUAAGCAACCUAGAUUCCAGGUAGAAAUACCAGUCAUAGAUGACUCACCAACUUCUCUCUCCCAACUUGCCUUCGAUGUUUUUAAAGAUCUGCCCGUUAAAAGAAAAGGGGCGCCGGUCAAGAUUUUCAUCCUCUGGCCGAGCCCCUCAUUGAAGAACAAAGGCAUAGAGGCAUUUCGAUCUCAUAAUUCAUCAAACAAUGUUGAGCACUUUGACAUUUCUUCAGUCAGAAAUACAGACAACAGAACUUUGAGUUCUGCUGAUGUGGCAGUGUUUUUGGCGCCAGAGAAUUCACAGCUACUUGAUAUCAAAACCGUCACUGAUCUUUUGUACCCAAAGCCAGUAGUCAUAUUCAACCCCAAAUGGGGUUUUGAAGAGGAGAAUGACUUUGGUGAUUUGAAUGGCUUUGUGGGAUCUUUUGAAGUGAUUUAUUCGUUUAUGGGGUUGGAGGUUUGGGGUAUUUUGAGCAAGCGAAAAGGAUUGAUUUUCAAGUGUGUAAGAGAUGGGGUUGUGAGUGGUGAGGAAUGGACUGUUCUUGUUGAAGAAGAAGACGGAGAAUUGAAGGCUGUUUCAAGGUUCAAGGCACGGCCAUCCAUUAGUGAAGUAGAGAACGUUUUGUAUAAUUUGAUGGCUAUCAAUUCCCCAAUUACAAAAUCUGCAAAGUUUUUCAAGGAUUUAAUGUCAAAUGUAACCGGAAGAAAGUAG